GGUCAGGGGCAGGGAUGCUACUUCCUAGCGUCCAACCCAGGCUCAGGGGGCCAAGGCCAGGGAAUCCAGGAGCCUUGGCUUUUUACCCUGGGGCAGUGAUGUGUCGAAGCAGCGGAGAUGCUGGGCCAGGAAAAGGGCCGGUCUUUCCAGGUUGUGCAGCCUUAAUUUCCCCGAGGGGAUGCACCUCAAGGGAGAUUCUGGAUGACCGAGUUCCUGGAAGGCGGGGACAAGGGCAAGGCCUGGACCAUGGGCAAGGCGGAUUCUCUCCCCCAGUCCUGUUGCAGCUUAUGGGGGCUGGCAGGGGCUUCCAUGUCCUGGUUCUUGACAACCCUGCCGCCUUGCCCUCUGGGGUCUCCAUGGGAAUGGGAACCAGGAUUUCUGGCCUCCAGCUUCUUUGAGGGGGCGGGACCCAGUGCAGUCCCACCCCUCCCUGGAAUGGGACCUCAAAUACCCGCCUGUGCCAGGGCACCAGAGCUGCUGCCAGACCCAGCGGCGGGCAGUCUGGCUGUGCCACAGACCCACCCCAACCUGGACUUCAGACCCCUACUCAGAGCCAGAACCUGAGCCUCUGACACCAACCCAUCCACAUACCCGGUGAGUCUGGGGCCUGGGCUGAGCUCAGGGCUGGAUGGAAAUGAGGCUCCCUCUAUUGGGGUCUCAACUACUUCCCAGGGAGAACUGUCCAGAGACCCGGAGAGCGCUGGAGAAUGAUGCGCUUUCACGCCAACCAGGGUCCAGCUGUGGAGCCUGAACACCGCCGCGGAGGGGCCAAGGGUGGGCGUGUGUGUCGGACCCCAAGUCCGCGUUCACGCGGGCCAUGUUUGUCCCUCCUAGCCCACCCGCUCCGGGCCAUGGGUGGGCCUCGAGCCCUACUGGCCACGCUCUGGGCGCUUGGGGCCGCCGGAGCCGCGGCGCUGCGCAUCGGAGCCUUCAACAUCCAGAGCUUUGGCGACAGCAAAGUGUCAGACCCAGCCUGCGGCGGCGUCAUCGCGCAAAUCCUGGCUGGCUAUGACGUCGCGCUGGUGCAGGAGGUGCGAGACUCGGACCUGAGCGCCGUGUCCGCCCUCCUGGAGCAGAUCAACAGCGUGUCCAGGCACGAGUACAGCUUCGUGAGCAGUGAGCCCCUGGGUCGGGAACAGUACAAGGAAAUGUACCUGUUCGUCUACAGGAAGGACGUGGUGUCGGUCGUGGACACGUACCAGUACCCGGACCCGGAGGACGUCUUCAGCCGUGAACCUUUCGUAGUCAAGUUUUCGGCCCCCCGCUGCGCCGCCCGGGAGCUCGUGCUGGUCCCGCUGCACGCCGCGCCGCAUCAGGCGGUGGCCGAGAUCGACGCUCUCUACGACGUGUACCUGGACGUGAUCGACAAGUGGGGCACCGACGACUUGGUGUUCCUGGGAGACUUCAACGCCGACUGCAGCUACGUGCGGGCGCAGGACUGGGCAGCCAUCCGCCUGCGCAGCAGCGAGGUGUUCAAGUGGCUCAUACAGGACAACGCUGACACCACCGUGAGCAACUCGGACUGUGCCUACGACCGCAUCGUGGUCUGUGGCUCCCGCCUGCGCAGAAGCUUGAAGCCCCAGUCAGCCACCGUGCAUGACUUCCAGGAGGAAUUCGGCCUGGACCAGACUCAGGCCCUUGCCAUCAGUGACCAUUUUCCUGUAGAAGUGACCUUCAAGUCCCACUGAUAGGCCCAGGUCUGGCCAGGGCACCUGCCUGCACAUGCUGGCCGUGAAGAACAGCCCCAUAGGGCUCCAGAGGCCAGCCCCCAGCGAGGCCGCAGAGCACUGUCAGUCGGACAGGCAGCUACGGGAACAUCACGGGACCACUGGGAGCCUGUUUCCCCACCUGUAAAACGGGCUGCCACCACCUACCCCACAGGGCUGUGAGGAGCACCCCGCAGAGCGCUAGGCAUGCAGCUGCCCUCAAUAAAUACAACUGAGUGCUCAGCCAGGACCACACACUGGUCAGCUCUGAGGCCUCUGUGUCCUUUCUUGGGAUUCUGGGGCAUAAACAUUGGUCCUGCAGCCCACUUAAAGGACAGGGACAGCCUGGCCUGCCCCUUUCACUUCCUGCUGGGAACCGAUCACCCCCAAACCACACUGGCUCCAGAGGCUGUGAAAGAGCCUUCCUCUUUCCUUGUGCAAACUGUAAAUGCUUCCAAGAGCCUGCACCUCAAGCAGCUGCGGACCAGUGCUCACACACACAGGUCGUAUCGACGUGCAAGGCCAGCCUCCCAGUCCCCGAUGGCUCUCCUAUGGCCCCUGAUUCCUGAGUCCUGCAGGACCCCUCUGGCACUCAUCUGUAUCUGGCACAGCCCUCCCCACACUCCCACGCCUCCUGCCUAGCACUGCGGGGUGGGUCAAGGAAGCUGGCCCAGCCCCCAGAUGGUGGGUGGCCAAUGGGACAUUUGGGGAGGCCCUCAGCAGUGAGCAGGCUGGACCCUCACCCAGCUUAGGAAGCCAGAUCAGGUUAAGGUCCUGCCUACACCCCUUUAAUGGUGCCUCCUGGUAGCUUCCUCCUCAGGAGCCCCAGGCUGGGGAGGGCCUGUGAGGGAGGAGAGUGGCCCCAUCACCCGUGGAUCAGGACCAAAUAGAACUGGGACACAUGGUAUAGCUGACGGGCCUGGUGAGGUUUCUUGUUUUCGAAACCCCUCAUCUUUGGCAGGAUUUAGGAACUGGCCUGAAUUGCAUAGAAAGAAAAACCUCUGUUUCAAGAGUUUGGACAAGUUCUUCUAAUGCAACCCUUCUAGAAGAGGACUUAGGACACUCACAGAACAGAAUGUCUCAAUGCUAGUGAUGCUUCUCUGGCCCCUCUCCAGUUCCCUCAGUCUCUCUCUCCAUCUAAAUGAAUGACUGUGGCAGCAAAAGGUCUUUGGGCUUUUCUUGGGGAUGGGAUCUCGUGGGGAUUAUCCCGGCCUGUGGCCAGGGAUAGGGUGAUCAAAGGACUUUAUUCACGAUUCUGCUUGGGAAAGGAGACACUCAGUGGUGACAUCACCAAAGUCCAGAAGGGCCCACCUGCCAGUUCAUGAUUCUCAAAUCAAGACACUGCCCAUAAGAAACAGAACCAUCUAAGAAGAUCAGCAAAAGAGAGAGUUGAAAGUAACUUUUAAGUCAGAAAAUACCUGAAAGUCCCUUGGAACCAGAGAGCCCCCAGAGGGUGCGCAUGGCUGAGACCCUGGGUGGGCAGCUCAGCCUUAGGCCUUCUUUUCUUUGAGCUUUUCUAAGUACGCCUGCAGGGACUUCUGGACAGAGUCCCUGGAGAGGAAGCUGACGAAGUUCUGGAUGUCUGCAUCGCGCUGCUUCACCAGGCGGUCCACCGUGGCUUUUCGCAUCAUGUUCUUGCUCAGCUGUCGAGCGUGGUCUACAGAGAAUGGGGUCCCCGUGUAAAAACUCAUUCUCUGAGAUGGGGCAUCAUUUCCAACCUUGCCAAGAGUAUUUCAGCAGAAACCCUGGAAAGUUUCUAAGAAGCCUUAGAAAAUGCACGUAAGUGAAGCAAAGAAAAUGAGAAUCACCUGUUCCCCACUGUCUGCCUGUUUCUUUUAAAAGCAUGUAGAUGAUCUUGUAAAAA